AGGGGUCUGCGGGACUGCCGGGCGGCGUGGGGGCGGUGCCUCACGUCUGGUACAGUCAUCCCAAGCCACUUCGGCGGGACUGUGAUGGCCAGAGAGAUGACGAUCUUAGGAUCAGCUGUUUUGACUCUCCUGUUGGCUGGCUAUUUGGCACAACAGUAUUUACCAUUGCCUACUCCUAAAGUGAUUGGCAUUGAUCUUGGCACCACCUAUUGUUCCGUUGGGGUAUUUUUUCCUGGCACAGGAAAAGUAAAGGUGAUUCCAGAUGAAAAUGGGCAUAUCAGCAUACCCAGCAUGGUGUCCUUUACUGAUAAUGAUGUAUAUGUGGGAUAUGAAAGCGUAGAGCUGGCAGAUUCAAAUCCUCAAAACACAAUAUAUGAUGCCAAAAGAUUCAUAGGCAAGAUUUUUACCCCGGAAGAGCUGGAGGCUGAAAUUGGCAGAUAUCCAUUUAAGGUUUUAAACAAAAAUGGAAUGGUUGAGUUUUCUGUGACAAGUAAUGAGACCAUCACAGUCUCCCCAGAAUAUGUUGGCUCUCGACUGUUGUUGAAGUUAAAGGAAAUGGCAGAGGAAUAUCUUGGCAUGCCAGUUGCCAAUGCUGUCAUUUCUGUACCAGCAGAAUUUGAUCUAAAACAGAGAAAUUCAACAAUUGAAGCUGCUAACCUUGCAGGACUGAAGAUUUUGAGAGUAAUAAAUGAACCCACAGCGGCAGCUAUGGCCUAUGGCCUCCACAAGGCUGAUGUUUUCCACGUCUUGGUAAUAGACUUGGGAGGAGGAACGCUAGAUGUGUCUUUACUGAAUAAACAAGGAGGAAUGUUUCUAACCCGAGCAAUGUCUGGAAAUAAUAAACUUGGAGGACAGGACUUCAAUCAAAGAUUGCUUCAGUACUUAUAUAAACAGAUCUAUCAAACGUAUGGCUUCAUGCCCUCUAGGAAAGAGGAAAUCCACAGGUUGAGACAAGCUGUAGAAAUGGUCAAAUUAAAUCUGACUCUUCAUCAAUCUGCUCAGUUGUCAGUAUUACUAACAGUGGAGGAACAGGACAGGAAGGAACCUCACAGUAGUGACACUGAACUGCCAAAAGACAAACUUUCCUCAGCAGAUGACCAUCGUGUGAACAGUGGGUUUGGACAUGGCCUUUCUGAUAAGAAAAGUGGAGAAAGUCAGGUUUUAUUUGAAACAGAAAUAUCACGGAAGCUCUUUGAUACCCUUAAUGAAGACCUCUUUCAGAAAAUACUCAUACCCAUUCAGCAAGUAUUGAAAGAAGGCCACCUGGAAAAGACUGAGAUUGAUGAGGUGGUUUUAGUUGGGGGCUCCACUCGUAUUCCUCGGAUUCGUCAGGUCAUUCGAGAGUUCUUUGGAAAAGAUCCCAACACAUCUGUAGACCCUGACCUAGCAGUGGUAACAGGAGUGGCUAUCCAAGCAGGUAUUGAUGGAGGCUCUUGGCCUCUCCAAGUCAGUGCUUUAGAAAUUCCCAAUAAGCAUUUACAAAAAACCAACUUCAACUGAAUUCUGGAGGAAUAAUGGUUAUUUGUGAUCUUGUCUGAUUAUCUCUUCCCAUAUGUCAGAUUACCUUCUUCACAAAAGGAAGUCUCUAUGUAAUACAUCACAGAUUUCCCUACAGGGUAACAUGUAGAUACAGGAAAAUUUUACAUAACAUUUUGUCUUCGGAUUAGACAUGACCAGAUUGAUCCCAUUUGAUUUUGGAGAGAUGCUAUUCUAACAAAUAACUUCUAAAGUGAUAAAAUUGAGGUGCACCUCUCUUACAAGAGUAUGGAUGACUAUGUUUUCUGGAUUCUGGAGAUAGAUAACCGUAUGCACUUAACAUUAUAUUCUGCAAACAUUAAAUAGUGCCAAUUAUGAAAUUCCCAGUUCUUACUAAAUUAUAUUAGCAGGAACUGGUAAUUACUUGGUUAUCACAUGUAACUAUUAAUUUGAACUAUACUUGAAGGACAGCAUUGAUGUCAGGUAUUUACAGUGGCUGGAAGAUAGUAGUAUUAGUAUAAACUGCAUACAAAAAUAUUCAAUAACUGCUAUAUUUUAUAACAAAUCUACAUUCACAAAUUCAGUAUCUUGUUAAGCCUCAUAUUGUAAUCCCCAUUGUCUGGGAGUGUUAUGUAUUUAAUAGAUGAAUUUAUUUUACUCCUAAAGGUAUACAAAUGUUUCAGCACUAUGUAGUAGAAAUACCCAAUUUAUAUUCUAGUUCCUUUAUGUCCUGUACGUCAUUCUCUGCUUGGAUUUCCAUGAUUCUUUUUGGUUAGAGAAUAAUAUUACAAUUAUUAAUUGCAUUUGAACAAUGUGUUGAUGUCAUAAUAAAGCCAUGAUUAUUAU